AUGGAUUCGUUAGUUGAAAGUAUAUUAUUAAAUCAUUCUUUUAACGACGAAGAAAAAGAACCAACAAGAACACCGAACGAACAUUAUGGACCACAAACAGGUCCAAAGGGUGUAUUGGCAGAUCAGGCCUUUCAUAAACAACAAAUGAAUCAACAAAAAAAUGAAUCAAUAAAGGCAUACAAUGAAAAAAUGCUAUCAAAAGCUAUAACAACAACAUCUUAUCAAGAAGAUGAAAAACUAUUAAAUUUACAAAAUAAUGAUGAAGAAUUGUUAAAAGAAUUGGAAGAUGUUGAGUCAAAUGAAGAAGAAAAAAAAAUAUUAGAGAAAUAUAGAGAGAUGAGACUAAAGGAGAUGAAAAUAAAGCAGUUUCAUAAAUUAUAUAAUAAUAAUGGUAAUAGUAGUAACAUUGAGAGGAAACGAUUUGGUAAUUUGAAAGAAAUUUCUUCAAAUCAAUAUGUUAAAGCUAUAGAUGAAGAACCUUCAAAUGUUAGUAUAGUUGUGCACAUAUUUGAUAAUUCAAUUCCACAAUGUAGAUUAUUAAAUGAUUGUCUAGCAAAUUUAGCACGUAAAUAUGUCAAGGCAAAGUUUUUACGUAUAUUAGCAAAUGAUUUGGAUUUUGAUGUAGUUGGUUUACCAACUUUACUGGUUUAUAGAAAUGGUAGAUUAAUAGUAAAUUUGGUGAAGGUUACUGAUGAAAUUGGUGAAACUAACUUUGAUGUCGAUAAUGUUGAAGAUGUUUUAACUAGGUAA